UUGCGUCACUUCCGUCUCUCCCUUUGGCUGCCAUCUUACUCCCCGCGUGUGUGUUUUUCCGUGUGCAGGUCAGUGCGAAGAGUUUAAUAAUCUUCUUACCUGCACAUACGCCUCAGACUCGGAUUGCAGAAGAUGAAAGAAACAAUCAUGAAUCAGGAGAAGCUUGCUAAGCUCCAGGCACAGGUUCGCAUUGGAGGAAAGGGUACAGCCCGUAGAAAGAAGAAGGUAGUUCACAGAACAGCAACCGCCGAUGACAAGAAACUUCAGUUCUCUUUAAAAAAAUUAGGAGUCAACAAUAUUUCUGGUAUUGAAGAGGUAAACAUGUUUACAAACCAGGGGACCGUUAUCCACUUCAACAAUCCAAAAGUACAAGCAUCUUUGGCAGCAAACACCUUUACAAUCACAGGCCACGCAGAAACCAAGCAACUCACAGAGAUGUUACCCAGCAUUUUGAACCAGUUGGGAGCUGACAGUCUUACCAGUUUGAGAAGACUAGCCGAGGCUCUGCCAAAGCAAUCUGUAGAUGGAAAAGCACCACUUGCCGCAGGAGAGGAAGAUGAUGAUGAUGUUCCAGACCUUGUUGAGAAUUUUGACGAGGCUUCGAAGAAUGAAGCAAACUAAGUCUCACUGCACACCUGCAACAUGAAUUGGCUGUGUGGAGCUGCUAUUUUGUAUUUGUAUUUUAUGAUUUUCUUUUUGUACUGUUUACCAAUAAAGUGUAAAGGGUGAUAAUAACACACAGUAUUUUUGAAGCCUUUGAGGUCUGCAGCUCUUUUUCUUUUGUGCAACCGUAAGAUCUUAAUAUGGACUUAAUUUGCAGCCUGGUUUAAAAUUAACAUGUCUGGAUUUAAAAUAUGCAUUUGUUAAAUGCUAAUUAAAAAUUGCUU